AUGAGCUGGAGCUUCCUGACCCGUCUGUUGGAGGAGAUAUCUCUGCACUCGACGUACCUGGGCAAGCUCUGGCUCACCACGUUCCUGAUCUUGCGCAUCAUGCUGACUAUCGCGGCGGGCGAAUCCAUCUACCACGACGAGCAGAGCUCGUUCAUGUGCAACUCGCAACAGCCGGGCUGCACAAACGUCUGCUACGACUCCUUCGCUCCCCUCUCCUACGUGCGCUUCUGGAUUUUUCAGAUUAUCACCGUGGCGGCGCCCAGCAUUCUCUACCUCGCCUUCGCCAUACACAGGAUACAGAGGUCUAGUAGAGUUCAUUCCCGCGUCGUUAUCCGCAGGUCAGAAGGCUCGACCGGCCACAAAAAGCACCGACGGACCGAGCAAGCCGAGGAGAAUGUCCAAGCGGAGAAAGGAGGGGAGUUUGCCGACGAGGCUGGCGAGGUCAAGAAGAACGACCACAGAUGGCACGACGGGCGCCGCGCGAUCCCGGCCGACGGCCUCAUGUGGGCGUACACGCUGCAGCUCGUCCUGCGCACGGUGGCCGAAGUGGGCUUCCUUCUGGGCCAGUACGUGAUGUACGGCUUGGAGGUGAUCCCCCGCUUCGAGUGCCCCCGCCGCCACCCUUGCCGCCACCGCGUCGACUGCUUCGUGUCGAGGCCCACGGAGAAAACCGUCUUCCUGUACGUGAUGUACGCCGUGGGCGGCCUCAGCCUGGCUCUCGACCUGGCCGAGCUGUGGCACCUGGGGAUGGGCGCCCUCGGGGACUUGUUGCCAGGCAGCCGAGCCAAGCGCCAGCAACGGAUUGCGAACGGCGAUCCUCCUCCUCCGCCUCCUCCUCCUCCUCGUCGCGCGGCCGAGACGGAGGAGGCCGCCCCCCGGCAGGUGGCGAUAACGCCGGCGGCUGCGUCGCAGCUGCAAGGUUACCUGCGCGCGAUACAGCGGCGGCUGGAGCUGACGGUUUCCCCACCACCCCGACGGGCCAGGGCAACGCGGGGAUACGGGGAGAGCGGAGCAGGGAGAGGUGGGGGAGGCGGAGAGGGAGGACGGCGGGAGACUCCGGCCUUACGCUCGGCCGCGGUGGCCGUGAGCAAAAACCCCCAAGUGCAGCUCGGCAAGAAAUACGAAGUGGCGGCGGUGGCAGACGAACUGCUGGAGCUGCCGCUGAACCUGGCCCUGGUGUCCCCGGCGCACACCCCCAACUGGGAGCUGGUGAGCGAUGUGGUGAACGUGGUGAGCCGCGUCUACCGCUCACCCAAGCACUGCCGCUCGCGCUACGAGGCCGUUGUGGUGCCACGCGAGGAGGGCAAGCUCCUCUACGACUUCCACCCCAAGAAGAAGCAGAAGACCAAAGGCGUCUACAAGACGAAGAGCAGGCAGCCGCUGUGCACCAGCCAGAUCUUCGCGCAGGACGAGCACACGGCUCAGACGGAGCUCUUCUCUGCCAAGUUUGAGCUGGCGCGGAGCAGCGCUGCCAAGCGCAGGAUGUCACUCAAACCCGUACCCAUCCUCACCACCUCCCUGUGA